AUGAAGAGACUUGGGAGCAUUCUAGUUCUCCACACUCCCAUAACUGUGGUGUUCCCUUUCAUUGAUGUACUUGAGACCAAAGGCAAGAUGGAUAACAGAUCCUUUCCUCUAGAUUUCUCUUACCCUCCUCCUUUGCCUGCUAUUGAGUAUGAGGGAGCGUUCGAGUCUGUGGUGACUGCUCCUGUUGCCGUCCCUGGGGUCAUGGUUGUAGCAGAAGAGGGUGGUUGUGAAAGAGAGAGGAUGGGUCAGAAGGCUGUUGUGAGGUGGCUAGUGGUAGGGAUCAUUGGCUGGGUUAUUGCUGCCCUAGAAGGCCUCCCUAAUGCCACCUUGAGUCUCUCACCCCCAGGCUCUAGCUCCUGGAAACAAGAAAAGAAGUUUUUGCUUGCCCGGUCCUUCCAAGAGGCCCCUGGGGGAACACCUUUUUCUCAGCUACAUUCUGUUGAAGUGCAAUGCCUAGAAAAGCAGAUGACCAUCAGUGUCCAGAGGGAUCUGUUUGGGACCGGCAAGCUGAUUAAGCCUUCAGACUUGAGUCUCGGUCCGAGGGACUGCCGGCACACUGCGCUCCGGGCACCCGAGGACACUGUGGUCUUUGAAAUUGGGCUCCAUGAGUGUGGCAGUAGGCUUCAGAUGACCAAUGACCGUAUGACCUAUAGCAUUAAUCUCUACUACAAUCCAGCCCCUGCUAGUAACCCUGUGAUCCUCCGGGCUAUUCCAGCUGUUAUCCUCAUUGAGUGCUCCUACCCAAGGAGAAACAAUGUGAGCAGCCAAGCCAUCAAGCCAACAUGGCUUCCUUACCGCUCCACACUGAGUGCCGAAGGAAAGCUGGACUUCUCCCUGCGCCUGAUGACGGAAGAUUGGAGUGCUGAGAGGACUUCUUCGAACUUCCAUCUGGGUGAUGUCCUUUACAUUCAAGCCGAUGUCAAUGCUGGAAACCACAUACCUCUGAGGCUCUUUAUUGAGAAAUGUGUAGCCACACAGACACCUGAUGAGGAAUCUAGACCUCAAUAUGCCAUUAUUGAUUUCAAAGGAUGCCUAGUAGAUGGCCAGUCAGAAGAGAGCACAUCUGCCUUCAUUUCUCCAAGACUCAAGCAGGAAACUCUCCAGUUCACAGUUGAUGCCUUCAAAUUCACAGACGAUGUCACAAACUUGAUCUACAUUACAUGCCACCUAAAGAUAACUGCUGUUGACCAUGUACCAGAUCCCUCCAACAAAGCCUGCUCAUUUAACAAAGCAGGCAGAAUAAGUGGCUGGAUUCCUGUGGAAGGUGCUAAUGAGAUCUGCAGCUGUUGUGAAACUGGUAAAUGUGCAUCUCCAAGACUGAAGAGAUCCAACCCACCACACAAUGUGAUGCCUGUAAACAAAACAGAAGCUGUUGUCACACUUGGGCCACUGUUCUUUGGAGAUAUUGCUUCUAGCCCCAGCCCCUUUGCAGACCAACUGGAGCUGACCACACCAUUGCAAGAUGCAGAACAGCUGCCAAUACUCUUGCUGCUCCUGGGCCUUGGAUUGGGUGCUAUAAUGUUUCUGACCCUUAUCACUGUGGGGAUUCUUCUGGGGCUCAAGAGAUACAGACGAUCUCUGACUGCUUAAUGAAAUAAAGAUGUAUGCAAUCUGACCAGCCA